ACAAAUAAGAUGAAGUUAUUCCCGAAGACUGUAACAGGCCCACUACAUGCUCAAAAUAAAAAUGCUUGUGACUGGGGAUGGCAAGGUCUGUUAGCUUUUGGUUGUCAGAAUUAUGUCAACAUAGUUGACCCUAAAACAUUACAGGUUAUUCAAGUUCUUCAGAAACAUAAAUCUAAUGUAGUGAAGGUGAAAUGGGGAAGAGAGAAUUAUCAUCAUGAUGUAAACAGUCCUUAUACAUUACGUCUUGCUACUGCUGAUACUAAUGGUAUCAUUGUUGUGUGGGAUGUGGCUCAAGGUCAUGUUAAAUCAGAAUUCUCAGAAAAUCAUAAACCAGUUCAAGAUAUAGAAUGGCUGACGAAUCAAGAUGCUUCCAGAGAUUUAUUAGUUGCUCUUCAUCCUCCAUAUUCAUUGAUAUUAUGGAAUGCUGAUACAGGAACAAGACUAUGGAAAAAAUCUUACACAGAACCUCUCCUUUCAUUCUCCUUUGAUCCAUUUAAUUCAAAAGAUGUUGUUUUUUUGGGUCAAGAUUGUAUUGUAUUUGUGGAUGAUUUUACUAUCACUAAAACUCCUUCAAGUAAUGGUAAAAAAUAUUAUAUUUCAAGUCCUUCUAGUCAAGCCUCACAAGAUAGAAAAUCGUCUAUGACAUCAUCAUCUUCAUCUAAAAAUCUGGCCAAGAAAAUGAGUCAUGAAUCAAUACCAUUGAAUGAAUGUUUACAACUAUCUUACCACCGUUCUUGUAGACAUCAUAUAUUACUGUUAUAUUCUCGAGAAUUAUUGAUAUUAGAUUUAGAAAUCAAUCAAACAGUUGGUAUUAUUGCUAUGGAUAGAUCUAGCUAUUCACCAUUUCAACAGAUCAUUCCUUGUUGGCAAAGAGACGUUAUUUUAUGUUUACAUGAAAAUGGUGGAAUAUCUGCUAGGGUAAGAAGAAAGACUAAUGUAAUGUGUACACCAGCCAUGGAGGACGAUUCCCCACCUUCUGUAUCAUUAGACGUAGCUUAUGAACUACGAUGCCAAUCAGAUCCAUUACGUAUUACCAGGCAUCAGAAAGUUUUUGGUAUCAUGGUUUGUCCUGUGUCAGAAUCUUCGGUCGCCUUGGUGAUGAGUGACAGUCGUGUUAUUUUCUGGGAGAUGAAGUUACACAGUAUGCCUACUUCAAGCAGUUUGAAUUUAUUUCCAUCAUCUCCAUUACAUACACCUGGUGCCAAACUUCCAUCUGAUAAACUUGGUAUACCUUCUGACAAUAUUCAAUUUCCUGUAUUCAGCAGUGUAGAAUAUCCUAAAGUUUCAUUGGCUGAUAUGAUUAGUCAAUCACAACUACCUGCUUUUAAUGAUUCAAGUUCUCGUGGUCAUACUGUACAAUUGAAGUUUUUAAUGACAGGAUUAAUUAAUGGUGUAACUAGUCAUGUAACUUGUAUUCGUAUGUGUCCACCAUUAACCAAUAAAAACUUUGCCACAUAUCAACCUCUAGUAGUUGUAGGAUCAUCAACUGGUACUUUACAGAUAAUAAAUGUUGCUAGUGGACAGAUAGAUAGAGAAUAUAAUCUACAUACAUCUACUGUAAGAGGAUUAGAAUGGACAAGUUUAAAGACAUUCCUAUCAUAUUCUCACCAUAAUCCAGGUGUUAGUGGUUUGGUUAAAAAUGAGAUAUUUUUAUUAGAUAUUUUGUCAGGUAAAUCAACAGCAGUGAGGACAAGUACUGAUGAUGAAUCACCUAUUAUCAGUUUACAGGUUUCUAAUCUCAAACAAUAUUUUGUAUUGGCAUUUAAAGACAAACCAUUGGAAUUAUGGGAUUUGAAAUCUUUGACAAUCAUAAGAGAACUACCUAAAAGCUUCCCAAGACCAACUUCUACUAUUUGGUCACCAUCUCACAGCAGUAAAACUAUGAAGAAAAAGUUACUAGAUCACGGUGAUGAAGAUAAAUCACCUAAAUCUCCUGUAGAUGUUAUGACAUCAUCAUCUCAUAUGAGUCAAUCAGAUUCAAAUACAUCUUUAAAUGGCUCUAAAGGAUCAAUACGUGAACAUUUUGUGAUGACAGAUAAAGAUGGUACAGUGUUUCAUUUUAUAGUAGAGGGCAGUAGUAUCAGUGAUGUUACUAAAAUACCGCCUGAGAGUGGAUUAGGUACUAUAACUUGUCUAGCGUGGAAACAUGAUUAUCUUAUGUUUGGUGAUGUUGAUGGUAUUUUGUGUUGCUGGGAUUUAAAGAGUAAAAUUUCCAGGACUGUACCCACCAAUAGAGGUUGGAUAAGGAAAAUACGGUUUGCUCCAGGAAGAGAAAACUACAAGUUCUUCACUCUUCAUAAUGACGGAAUAGUUGUUUGGGAUUUUAGUAAAGACAGUAAAGUAACAUUACAUUACAUUAAAAGUCCAAAAGAGAUAUCUAAGAUAAGUGAUUGUGAAUGGGCUGGUUCUGAUAGACCAAUGUUUAUUACUACUAAUGGUGAACUACAUAUAUCAGAUUUAACAUUACAUAAAUCUCAAACUAGUAUAGAUAACUGGGAUUUAUCAGAACCUGUCUUUUGUCCACAUUUACUAUCUUCUAAAGCUUCUCAACUAUUAAAAUGUCUGCUUCAACAUCAACCAUGGGAAGAGAAGUAUAGACUGAUAGCACCAUUAAUGAGAGAAGAGGAUGUAGAAAUGGCUAAUAUUAUCAAUAAUCAAAUUCAACUUAUUGACAGAUCCAUAGCUAACUAUCUUCCACAGUGUCAGUUUGGUAUAGCUGAAAGAUGUUUGAUAACAGCUAGAUUAUUUGGAGAUGAAUCAGAUCUUCAUUUCUGGACUGUAGCCAUGUAUUAUCUUAAAGCGGGAAAAUAUCAACCUAUGAAUAAGGUAAUACUAAUAUUGAAAGUUUUACAUGAACUCUAUAAAGAUCAACCCUUAGAAAGAUGCUACGAUACACUUAUAGAUUUUUACAAAUUUUUUUUCCAGAAGUACCAAUUAGAUCGAGUGGUCUUGCAUGAUAAUAAAAGAGCUACCAAUGAACACACAGAGAAAUGUGCUGAGAAUUAUAUAUUAUUGGGACAGACAGAUAGGGCUGUACAGUUACUUUUAGAAACAGAUGCUGAGAAUUCUUCUUAUUAUGUAGAUUCAUUAAGGGCCUGUUUGGUGGCUAGUAUAAGAUCAUCCGGUGCAUCACAGAGUACUAUCAAACUAGUAGCUACAAAUUUGAUAGCUAAUGGAAAACUGUCAGAGGGUAUACAAUUGUUAUGUUUGAUUGAUAAAAGUUUAGAUGCCUGUAGAUAUUUACAAACCUAUGGGGCCUGGGAUAAAUCUGUAUGGUUAGCAAAGGCCACAUUGGAUCAUCAUGAAAGAAGUGAGUUAUUAAAACGUUAUGCAGAUCAUCUGUGUAGUACACAGGUUAAUCUUAAGAGUAAAGCUGUCUUGGUAUUAUUAUCAUUAGGUCAGUUCUAUAAGGUUAUAGAAAUGUUAUAUGGAAUGAGAUGUUUUGAUAGAGCUGUGUGUUUUAUUGAAUCUUGUCAACAGUUUAAUUUAUUAAAUAAAACAGAAGAAACAGGAUCAUUAUUGGAAGCUGUAUAUCUAGAAUAUGCAAGGUUUUUGACAAAUCUAGGUCAUCGUAAAGCUGCAGAAUAUUAUUGUCGUUUAGCUGGGAGUAAAGGGGAACAACUCAUGAAAGAAGUAGAAAUUUUAUUUUCCUAA